AUGGUUAACGUUAUGAUGAAGACCAAUCCUGACCCAGUGGUUCUAGCUAAAGCCAUGAAAGCUAGAAAAAGCGUUGUGCAAAUCUAUCACGUCAAGAAAAUUGAUGGGAAGAAGUGCACCACUAGCUCCGGCACUGGUUUCAUCAUCAAGACCAGAGAUGCAGAUUGUGUUGUGGUAACUAACAGGCACGUGACUGCUGGAAAGGAACCUUUCGACGAAGCUAAUGACAAGCUCUUUGUUAGAUUUAUCCGUGGGAGUGGUGGAGUUGAGGACCGAUCUGGUCUUCUAAGGUUUUAUGACUUCUUCGUGGACCUUGCUUUUAUUGAAGUCCAAGGACUGAGGGGGAAAAUGCCACCAGCUCUACGUUUUACUAUGGCAAGUGAAUUGCAAAUUGGGACAAGUGUUGUUGCCAUUGGCUACUGCAAUACAAGUGGCGUGACACGGCCAGAUCCAGAUAUGCCUGAAGUUUAUGCUAGGAUUCCAUCGGUUUGCCCUGCAUUGAUUGCUGGACCAGUGUGGCGAAAGGGAGAAGAUGACAAGGAUGAGGAAGAGGAAGACGAUGAAGAAGAAGACGAGGAUGAAGGGCACGAACAGUGGCUGCACCUUGACUCUCCAUCGAGGGAUGGAUGCUCAGGAGGCCCUGUGAUGUGCGCGCGUGGUGUCAUUGGAGUCGUUGCUCAGGCUGCCCUACAGAUUACUGCGUCCGUUAGCACUGAAUCAGUACAUGAAGUGCUGAAACGGUGGCUCGGCAUUCCAUUGGAGGAUGACAGGAGUGUGCAGGCGAUCAUCGAUACAUUACUGUGA